AUGAUGAAUAAUGGAAUUGAAGAACAUUUAAGUAAAUCUCGUACAACCUAUCGAAAUCUUCAUCAUGAACCAAGUCCAACAAUAUCAUCACCAAAAAAUAAAUUAGAAAAUAAAAUACUUCUAAGUGAUGAUAGUGAUGAUGAUACAACAUUACCAACAUUUGUUAAUCAAUUUUUUUUUCCUAAAAAUACAAUAAAAAAUUUUUCACCACCACCACCACAACCAGCACAAUCAUCAUCAUCAUCAUCAAAUGAUACAGGCAUGUUUCGUGCUAUACGUGGACAAGUUAUUAUUCAUCAUAAUGAUGAACGAACAUCAAAAGUUCAAUGUGAAGAACAUCAAAAUGGAAUAGAAAAUGGUCAUAAUCAUCAUAAUAAACAAGAUGAUGGUGAUGAUGAUGAUGAUGAUGAAGAACUUCAAAAUCUUUCAAUAAAUCGUACAAAUGGUGGAAAUUAUGAAUUACAUUAUGAUGUUGAUAAUCCUCUUGAAAUAUCUUGUUCAAUGUCACUUUCAUCAGCUGAAACAAUUUCUGAUCAUUCACCAUCGCCUAUACGUCAUACAGCAUCAAUUAAUAUUGAUGGAAAUACGAAAUCAAACUUAAAACAUGAACAUACACCUAUUGAUAUAUCAGAUGAUAGUGAUGAUGAUGAUGUUGAUGUUGAUGUUUAUGAUGAUGAUGAUGAUGAUGAUGAUGGUGGUGGAGGUAAUGAUACACCAUCAUCAAUAUUAAGUGAUAUAGAUCAUCAUGAAAAAGAGUUCAUUAAUAAUCAUGAUUGUAUAAAAGAACAAGAUGAAAAAUUACGAACAUUUCGUGGUUGGCAUUUAUCAAUGCUUAAACAAAUUGAUGAAAAAUUACGAGAAAUUGAACUUGAAACAGCAUCAAAUACAACAAAAACAACAACAUCAUUACAACAAAAUAAAAAACCUAUUAUUAAAUCUUUAACAAAUAAUAAGAAAAAAUCUCUUCGUCCAACAAUUCGUCGUCGACGUUUUGAAACAACAAAUAUAAAACGUCAUAAUUCACCUAUAGCAUAUAUGAAAAUGAAUUCACAUCGUUCAUUAACACCAUCUGUAGAAAAAGAAUCACGUACACUUAUUAUUAAUUUACCACCAUCAUCAUCAUCAUCAUCAUCACCAUCAGAUAAUGAACAAGAUUUUCCACCACCACCAUCAUCAUCAUUACCAGCACCAUCAGAACCCAUACAUAUUCGUAUUGUUCAAAGUCCUAUUUAUCAAACACGUCAACGUGCACAAAGUACUGAACCAUUAAUUUUACGUGAUCAAUGUGCACAAACAGAACCAUAUCAUGAAACAAAUAAUAAUAUUAAUCAUCGACCUGCACGUCCAGCUAGUGUUGAAUGUGAUCGUUUACAAUCAACACGUUCAUUAACACGUACACAAAAAAAUCAAUUUUUUCAACAAUAUCGACAACAACAACAACAACAACAACAACAAAAACAAAAUCAACAUCCAACAGAUCAAAUUAAAUUCUAUAGUUUACGUAGUAGAAAUGUUCAACCAAGACCAACUGUUGUUACACAAUCUCCUAUGUCAAUACCACAAUUUCCAAUAACAACAUCUAUUGUUUAUCAACAACCAAUAUCUAUACAAGAACAAGUUCAAUCUUCAUCAUCUAAUUAUCAUCCAACUAUAACUGCUGAUCCAUCUGUAUAUUCAGAUGAUUAUGGACAUGUAACACAAAUGAAUACAAAAAAUUUAGGAACAUUAGUUGAUAAAGUUUUUGAUGAUAUUUAUCAAGAUAAACCAUCAGAUUUCUAUAGAGAUUAUAGACAACUUUUAAAUGAUAUUCAAAUACGAUUUAGUAUGGUAUCCUCAGUAGAACAAUCAUCUAUGAUUCAUCAUCCUGUACCGCCUCCUCCUCCACCACCACCACCACCACCACCUAUUCAUCGUCAAUUACCAUCACAACAAGUUUUUGUUGAUUAUUCUCGAAUACCACAAACAUCAUUAUCACAAGCUCAACUUUGUGACACUCUUAUUUAUAUUCCUAAUCCUCGUUGA